GCGUCUCUUCAGUUAUGAAAAAAUAUCAUAUUUAAACACGUCGAAAAUGUGGAGCACAACAUACGAUGAAAAAAAUAAACUUUGGAAAGGUAGUGACCUACCAUCAUGUGAUCGAAACGUGUCGAUUGCCAGUGUCAUACUCAAAUCAUUGCUUUCGGGAGGAUCAAAAAUCGCUCAGAUCAAUGCUUCCACUGGUAUGUCAUUAUCAUUUGACGACAUUCGAAUGCGAACAAUUCGAGUGGUGAAGAAUCUUCAAGCCCGUAACCUUGCUACAAAACAAAUAUUUGGAAUUGUUGCGAUGAAUCACGAUCACCUGGCACCAAUUGUUUUUGCUUCAUUCGCUCUCGGCUGCACCGUUUAUCCAAUCGAUAUACUUUACACGAAAUUUGAGUUCGGUCAGAAAUUCCAAAAAAUCAAACCGAAGGUCAUUUUUUGCGAUAUAAGUGCUUACGAUGCCGUUUUGGAAAGUUUAGCUGAACUGAAACAUCGAGCGAAAAUUUUUACAUUCGGUGGGCAAAAAGGUGACUCAGAAGAUGUCGAACAUUUACUCGCUGAAGUUGACGACGAAACAGAUAUAAUACCAGUUCCGGUGGAUGAUGUAAAUGAUUUGGCAGCAAUAUACUGUUCGUCUGGAACCACAGCUCCAUCAAAAGGUAUUUCCAUUUCACACACAAUGCUGCUCAAUGCCAUCGCCGCCACUUACGAUUGGAAGCCAGAGUCAAACCGCACUUGGCUAAAUUUUUACUCAUUUCAGUGGUUCAGAUCACUGAUAUUUUUACUAUCCGGAACCACUACAGGCGUGACUCGAGUAUUUAGCGCAGAGAUAUUUUGUCCGGCUCGCAUUUUCGAAAUUAUCGAAAAGUUUAAUGUGUCCAGGUUGAUGGGAUCGCCAUACUUUUUGAAACAUUUGAUUCAUUCCGAAUCAAUCAAAUCGGCCAAUCUUUCCAGUAUUGAGAAUAUAAUUCUUGGCGGUUACAAGCUUCCAUAUGAACUUGGCAAAAUGAUGGACGACCUGCUACCGAAUGGAACGGUAAGCAAUCGAUAUGGUUUGACCGAAUUGGGCGGAACGGUUUCGAUUGAAGUACCCCAAUUCAGUAAAGGGUCAGUCGGCCAAUUGAAACGAGGAAAUAUUGCGAAAAUUGUUGACGAAAAUGGAGAAAAACUUGGUGUUAAUGAACGAGGCGAAAUUUGCAUCAAGUCUAUGUCAAUGUCGCCGGGAUAUUAUCAAGACGAAUUGUUAACGAAGAAAUCAUUUGAUGAAGAAGGAUUCUUCUUAACGGGAGAUAUUGGCUAUUUUGACGACGAUGGUGAUUUAUUUGUUAUCGAUCGAAAGGGGGAUACCUUCAAGUAUCAAGCUUACGUAAUUUCGCUGGCAGAAAUCGAAGGAGUACUACUCCAAUCUCCACAGAUUUCAGCUGUCUGUGCAUUUAGUUCUCCCGAUUGCGAUGGAAUGGAAGCGCCAGCUGUUGCAGUAGUACGAGCUAAAAAUUCGAAUAUCACAGCCGAUGAAAUCGAUAAACUGAUCAGUGAUUACUUCUUUCAACGAAAUAAAUUGGCCGGCGGCAUCUAUUUCGUCAAGUCAAUUCCAAAGACACCAUCUGGAAAAAAUUUGAAGCGAAAAGUGAGAGAAAUUGUUCUUCAACAAAGUGCCGUACCGAAUAUCAGCCUUUGAAGUGUGUGAAGCCACUGGGAGUCGACAGGGUUCAAAUUUGAACGGUUCAAAUGUCAGGUUUAACGAUUGAAAAGCAAAUAAAAAUGUGAACGAAAGGGAGUUUAA